AUGAGAAGGUAGUUCUGACAGACAUGGUGCAAUCAAAGAAAUUCAGAGGUGUCAGGCAACGCCAUUGGGGCUCUUGGGUCUCUGAGAUUCGUCACCCAUUAUUGAAAAGGAGGGUGUGGCUUGGAACAUUUGAAACUGCUGAAGAAGCAGCUAGAGCAUAUGAUGAGGCAGCAAUUUUGAUGAAUGGUAGAAACGCCAAAACAAACUUUCCAAUUGCAGAUAAUCAAAUGGGAAAUCAAAGUUCUACUUCAUCCUCAUCCUCUUCCUCUUCCACAACAUUUUCUUCAAUUCUCAGUGCAAAGCUCAGGAAGUGCUGCAAGUCCCCUUCACCUUCCCUCACUUGCUUAAGGCUUGACACAGAGAAUUCCCAUUUUGGGGUGUGGCAGAAGCGAGCAGGGCCUCGUUCUGAAUCAAACUGGAUUAUGAUGGUUGAGUUGGAAAGGAAGAAUCUUGGAGCUUCUGAUUCAAAAUUAUCAGUGCCAGAGAAGGUAAAACCAGAAGAAAGCAAACGGUUGGAUGAGGAGCAAAAGAUUGCCUUGCAGAUGAUAGAAGAACUUCUGAAUAGGAAUUAA